AUGCGGGCAUCUGAAGCAGCUGACGGCAGUGUCUGCGGUGAUUUUUACACUCAACUCAAGUUCUACAUAGGGCUCCAUCUAAUGCAGCCGGGCUUUUGCGUUUGUUUUGGUUCUAGCACCCAGCCUCCCAUGGCUUUCCCCGUCCCUGCCGCCGGAGCCAGCUUCACCUCCCACCCCACGCCUGGAAUGGGCUCUGCCGUGACUCUGCCAUUUAACCCCACGGCCACCCAGCCACCCAGGUCUGGAAGCCCGGCAGGAUAUGGCGGGUACCAGCCCCACUCCACCCAGGACUUUGGUUACGGCAGCAGACUCCCGGACCCUACCCCAACGUCCACCACUGCUUCCUCCUACCAGGACAGUUACGGCUAUGAACCAUUGACAGCCAUCAGUAGCUGCGAGAACAAACAGCAUCACCCUCCUGCUGUGGGCCAGCCUCAGCUCCCUGCCAUGGUCAUGCUCUGCCAGCCAGGGGCGAAAGGAGCUUACUGUCAGCCUAGCAAUGGGUACAGCCAAGUGCAGCCUGUACAACAGGCGCCCACUACUAAGACGGCACAGCCAGCCAGUGUCCCAUCCUCCGGUUACAGCUACCCUGCAGCAUCCAGCAUUCAGCCCUCGGUCUUCAUGUCCACCCUGCCUUCCUGUACCUCGUCCUCACCCUCCUACAGUUUUGCCUCCACCCCGUACACAGGACUAAGCUAUCCGAGCUGUUACACGUCGGUGUCCUCAGCAGCUGGUCCUUGCUAUCCUCCACUGCUCCCCCCACAGAUGCAGCCUCCACCUCCUCCACCCCCAAAGCCUGAGGACCUGUCCCCAUGGGGUGGCUCAGGGAACAGCUCCAGUGCCAGUUCUGCUGGCAGCUUCACCAAGAAGCCACCGGUUCCCGUCAGGCUGCUAAAACCCAGGGAUGGGCCCAGGCAGCCCCCGCUUCACUACUGUGACCUCUGCAAGAUCAGCUGUGCUGGUGCCCAGCAGACCUACCACGAACACCUGGAAGGGCAGAAGCACAAAAAGAAGGAGGCAGCAGAGAAGAUGGGCGUCCAGCCCAACGGCAGCCCACGUGGAGUGCAGGCACAGCUGCACUGCGACCUUUGCGAUGUGUCCUGCACUGGGGCAGAGGCCUAUGCUGCUCACAUCCGGGGGGCCAAGCACCAGAAGGUCUUCAAGCUGCAUACCAAAUUGGGGAAGCCCAUCCCCACCAUAGAACCCGUGCCAGGGAACUCCUGCUUGGCCCAGACCGCCUGCACCAGCAAGCCGGCCCCCCUCACCACGGAGAGCCCCCCUGUGACCUCAGCCAAGCCCGAGGAACCCGCUGGCUCCAGCAUGCACACCCCUGGCGAGCGAGAGCUGCCCAAGAGGCCAGUGGUCUCAAAGGCCACGUGCACGGGGCCCCCUGAGCUGAAGGCAGCAGGCUGCAGACCCUUAAACGGGAAACUGGAGCACAUGAAAUCAGAGAGGUCGGGACAACUGCUCACCCAAGGAGUCUCUGCAGAAGCUUCUGGAAGCUGUUGUGACUCACAGCCUGUGGGCUCAGGCUACGUGAAAGAGGUAUGUGGCAACGAAGGCAAAGCGGUCCGGUUCUACUGCAAGCUGUGUGAGUGCAGCUUCAACGACCCCAACGCCAGGGACAUGCACAUCAGGGGGCGGCGGCAUCGGCUGCAGUACAAGAGAAAAGUCGAUCCUGACCUUCCGAUCUCCAUCAAGCUCAGCAACAGAGUCUGGAAGCUUCUGGAGGAGAGGAAAAGGAAGCAGAAGCAGCUGACCAGAAAGCGGCUGGAGGAGCUGCGGCGCUGGCACGCAGAGAUGAGGAGCUACGACAUGUGUAGGCAGCGUCUGGAGGAGAAGCUGCCGGCCGAGGAUGAGUACCCAGGACGCUCCCCAUCGGACCGGCACGCUCCUCCCCUCAUGAGCAGGCUGGGGGCACCUGCUGCCACACCUCUGCCCACACAGCGGCCAGAGUCCAGUGAUGACCGCCACGUGUUGUGUAAGCACGCCAGCAUCUACCCCACAGAGGAGGAGCUCCUGGCUGUCCAGAAGGCUGUGUCCCACUCAGAGUGCGCCCUCAAGCUGGUGUCCGACACGCUGGUGGAGGGGAAGUCCCGAAGCCCAGAGCAGGAGGGCAGCGCAUGCAGCGGUGCCAGCCCCUCUGCUCGGAUCCUGAAAGGUGUGGUGCGGGUUGGCCUCCUGGGGAAAGGCCUCCUCCUUCGGGGAGACAGGAACGUGCAGCUGGUCCUGCUCUGCUCCCAGAAGCCCACCCGCGCCCUGCUGCAGAGGGUCACUGAGCAGCUGCCCCGGCAACUCCUGAUGGUGACAGAGGACAAGUACGAAGUUUCCUCUGACUCAGAAGCCAAUAUCAUCAUCUCAUCUUGUGAGGAGCCCAGAAUACAGGUCACUGUGUCUGUCACCUCGUCCCUAAUGCGGGAGGACCCCUCCAUGGACAGAGAAGGAAUGGAAGCGCCUUCGCCAGACCCAGGGGACCUCUUGAACCUGGAAAAGUGUCUCCAGUCACUGGCUGCCCUCCGCCAUACCAAGUGGUUCCAGGCACGAGCCAGCGGCCUACAGCCCUGUGUAAUUGUCAUCAGGGUUUUCCGAGACCUCUGCCAGCGUGUGCCCCCCUGGGGAGCUCUGCCAGGCUGGGCCAUGGAGCUGCUGGUGGAGAAGGCUCUGAGCAGUGCCCAGGGGCCCCUGAGCCCGGGGGACGCCAUGCGACGGGUCCUGGAGUGUGUGGCCUCAGGGAUGCUCCUGACAGAUGGGCCGGGGCUCCAAGAUCCUUGUGAGAGAGACCAGAUGGAUGUGCUGGGGUCCGUGACCCUCCAGGAGCGGGACGACAUCACAGCCAGCGCCCAGCACGCCCUGCGGCUGCUGGCAUUUAGGCAGAUCCACGAGAUCCUGGGCAUGGACCCCCUGCCACCGCCCAAAAGCAGGCCAGGGUUGCGCUUCAGGAAGAGGCCUCAGGAGGCGGGCGAGGCCGAGGAAGGCCCAAGGAAGCAGGCCAGCCAGGUGGAGCGGGCCGUGUCAGUGGCCUCGCCUCCCCAGUGGGACCUGACACGCCACUGA